AUGACCGUGCAGUCAGCUUGGAAAAAAAGAGUUCAACUGAAAAAGGACCAACUGAACAGUAAAAUAAAAGACGAAUGGAGAUUAAGUAGUUCAACUAUAUCGAGGUUAAAAGACGAUAAAAAAAACCUAGUUAAGAACAUCGAUGAUUUGUGUCCUUCCUCAGAGAAUCAAAUCACUCAUUCCACUAUAGUAGUCUUGAGGGAGAAACUAGACGCGGGAGAAUUAACUUGCCAUGAAAUAGCAUUUGCAUUCUGUCAUAGAGCUGCCCUAAUUCAUCAAACAGUAAAUUGUUUAUCAGAAAUCAUGUUCUCGGAGGCAUUAAAAUUAGCCGAUUAUUUGGACAACAAUAAACCAGCCGUAGUACCACCCUUGUAUGGUAUACCAAUAUCCUUGAAGGAUCAAUGUAAUGUCGAGGGAGUAGACACAUCGCUGGGAUAUUUAUCUCGCACUUUUAAAGCAAAGACCAAGAGUGAAGAGUCAUUGAUUGUUAGUUUGUUAAGAGAUUUAGGAGCUAUAAUAUUUGUGAAAACUACCGUACCUUCAUCUAUGAUGGCUACAGAUACACAAUCUAAUACGUUUGGAUAUACGUAUAACAGUAUUAACUUGGGUUUCUCUAGUGGUGGUUCCUCUGGUGGAGAAGGAUCGUUAAUUGGUGCUCAUGGUUCUUUGCUGGGCUUAGGUACUGACAUAGGCGGAAGUAUUAGAAUUCCAAGCAGUUAUCAUGGAUUGUUUGGUUUGAAGCCAACAUUUGGACGUGUUCCCUACUUGAGAGUGGAUAACUCAUUCGAAGGAAGAGAAACAAUUCCAAGUGUAAUUGGACCGCUAGCAAGAGACCUUUCGGAUUUGAGAUAUUUUAUGAGUUGUAUCAUCAAUAUUUGUCAACCAUGGGUGAAGGAUGUCAAAUGUAUUCCGUACCAUUUCGAUUCAUCUACAGAUAAAUUACACCACGAUUAUGUUGUUGCAAUAUGGUAUGGAGAUGGUGUCAUUGAUCCCCCACCUAGUGAUAUCAGGGCUUUGAAGAUUUGUGAAGAUGUAGUUGCCAAAACUGAAGGAAUGAAGACCGUUCAAUGGAAACCUCCUAGUGAAUUGAGCAGGGAAUUGUUUGACAUUGCAAAUGAAGCUGAUGUUGCUGACUCAGGUAACGAGAUAAAGAGUGAAUUUAAAGUGUCUGGAGAACCACUUCUGGAUAUUCUGAAACCAAUGGUUUUGGAAGAUGGAAGGCCCCCAUAUACUGUUAAUGAAUGGUGGAAUUUGACUAAAAGAGUUUAUAGUGCGCAACAAUCGAUGAGAGAGUAUUAUCUUUCAUUCCCCGAGUCAGAAAGACCUGAUGUUAUCAUAUCCCCUACAACUCUGACGCCGUUUAGACCCGGAGACAUGUUAAAGACCACCUUGAGAUACAUUUUACUAUUCAAUGUUUUAAAUUUUCCAUCUUUAUCCAUACCUGUUGGUAAAGUCAACUGCCAAAUCGAUAGACCAAUGAGUGUCUCUUCUGCGCUUAACCCGGAAGAUAAAAUGGUCAAGACAUACUGGAAUGACUUAUUAGAAUCUGGUGACAUAGAGGGUUUCCCAAUAGGGCUACAAAUAGUAAGCCCCACUUUUGAUGACAGUGAGGUAUGUAAAUUUGCAUCCUGGCUUUUGGGCAACAUAUAG